AUGGAUCGAAGGAAGAGAAGCCUGGAGGGUCAACUGUGUAAAGCUGUGAACGAUGGAGAACCCAGAUCGGUGCAACUGCUUCUGUCACAAGGUGCUCGUCCCGACCUGCUGGGUUGUAAAGGGGUCGCUGCGAUACACCUGGCUGUUGGCAAGGAAACGGAGAAGAACAUGCGUUGCUUGAAAAUGAUGCUGGAAUUUGGAGCGGACCCCAAUAUUAGGUCGUCCGAGGGCCUGACUCCUCUUCACAUUGCUGCACUGUGGGGAUGUUACCAAAAUCUGAAGAUGCUCUUGAUGAAUGGAGGAGACCCAAACAUCAAAGAUAAUGAAGGGAAUACACCAGGGCAGCUUGCAGUGCAACAGGAGAAUCGGAAAUGUGCCCAGGUCCUCCAGGAAUACCAGAGCAGCUCAGUAGACACAGAGGAGGACGACUUACCUCAAUUUCAAUACUCUGUGUAUUCAGAAACAGACACGUCCAGCUACCCUGCGUCAGACUCCAGCUUCAGCUCCCACUCCUCUAUGAUGAGUGACUCUAGUGAAGCCCUGUUGAGCAGCACUCGGCGCUCAUCAUUCUUCAACCUGGCGAACAUGAACGGGAGGCCAGGUUGCCGAGGAUUUUCAUAUAACAGACUUUCUGAUGUGGACUCAAUGAGAUAUCACAACCAGGACUGGAACAAUUCCUUUGCACCCUGGGCAGCUGAGGGUCCCUCCAUACUGUCAAGCACUCGCAUGUCUGCAGUGGGGCUUGCAGCUCCAAUGCCGAUCCUCAAGGAGGAUGAUUUAUUAACAAACGAUGAUGUGUUCAAGUCAAAAGCAAACGAACACGCUGACGGCAGAAUCUCUCCCUCCCGAAGAGACACUCUUCCAGCACUUCACUCCAGGCGAACAAGUCGCAAGAGCGUGACCUUCAGGGAUGUCGAUGAAUUUUUCCCAGUUUUUAGUCCCGAUUCUCCCAAACAGCAGCACACUGUCGACAGCAGCCAGUGCACCAGCAACUUAACCUUUGACCUUUCUGAUUACUCUGGCUUCCUGGAUUCAGAACGCAUGGCCACCGUUUUACACAAGCAGGGUAUCGACGUCACAUCGCCGGAUCAUGUCUAUGUUUUCAGCCGGGAGAGCAGCACGAGCACAGAAGAGGACAUGGAGAAAACAGUCGUCACACAUUGUGCUUUGCAAGAGAGUGAUGAUGAAGAGGAGAGGGAAAGUGUGAAAGAGGCUCAGGUUAAUGUAGCUGAACAGCCAGCACGGCCCUGUGGGAGCAGUAGCAGCGGCACGGCUAGUAGUAAUUACAGUAGCUGUGACAGUGACCAUUACACUAGUGCUUCGGAUGCAUCUGCUUUACACCCGUCGGUCGGGCAUGAAUCUGGCCAAAAGACUGAGAUUUCUACAGACUCUGAUUCUGAAUGUUUGUGGCGAGCUGGGAAUUUCACACCCGUUAAACCCCAGAUAGAUUCAGAACCUGAAACUACAGACCAUUUACAGAAAAUCCUUGAUAAACUGUCCCUGUGUGAGUUAAAAUCCCCAAACAAUGAAGCAUUUGCAUCUAACGGUCCUGGUGUGGAUACUUCAAGUGAAGGCGGAGUUGACGAAGAGGCUACAAGGAUAACGACAGAUGCCGAAUCUGAUGCAGUUCAGGAUUUAGAGGAAGUAGCCGAACUCCCGUUCACGCCGAGUCCUUUCGUAACUGGCAGGACUCGCUCCAGGUCGAGUCGCUGCUCGCUGAGAACAAGCAAAACGCACGACAGCCUCCUUCUCACUUCGUCUCUGUUUGAGGAGACCCUGCCUUCGCCCGUUCGAACACGCCACCAGACGCCCAGGUCUCGGAGCAGUACAGACUACUACAGCUCACCACAUGUGACUCAUUAUACGCCAUCAUAUUCAGGAAGUAGCACAGGAGGAGACUCCUUACCUGCAGAUUGCAAGGACACACAGUCCUGCACCCUAAGAGCUGGUUCAGGUGUUAGCCAUAGCCAAGAGGAUACCAUCAUCCUCUCCAAGAGUGUAGCUGAAUCACAGACGUUAUCAGAUACAGUCUUACUGGGUAAAGACCAGGACUCUGUAAUGGAUGCUUAUGAAUUAAACCUUGCGGAGGUUGUGCUUGCUAUGCGAGGCCAAAACAGGGAUGUUGCUAAAGGUUUGGAUUUUAUGACCGAUGAUGUGACGAGCGCAGAUGAGACGACAACAAAGGGAAACGUACACGAUAACCCCGUCGAGGCCAGAAGCGACAGCGUAAGAAACGAAGAUGUCUGGAUCACUGAGGACUGCAGCUCUCAGCCGGACUCUGUGUCGUCUUCAUCCAGCUCCAGCUACUUCUCCCCCAGGAGGUCCAGGGACGACUCUGACCCGGCCAGCACCCCGGGCACAGGAUGCACCCCGAGGUACAGCAUGAGCCGACUGUCGGGCUGUCACAGGCCUCAGCACCUGGCCAACCUGUCUUACACCCCCGGAGGGCGUCCGCUCAUUCAGGACCUGGAGGAGCCGGUGGAGUACCUGUACACCGACACAGAGCAGGGCCACAAGUUGAUCGAGACCCACGUCCCGCCGACGGCCGACACCUCGCUCAGCUCCAGCAUGAGCACCAGCAGCAGCGAGGACACCAUCCUCUAUGACUGGCGCCGCAAAGAGAAACAUGAAGAGGGGGAGAGUCGUUUCUUGCCCGACACUAAAGGGAUAACGGACAAGGAGCUGAGGUCGAGGCUCCUGGAGCUGGGGGAGAGUCCGGGUCCGAUCAGCAGCCGCACCAGGCCCACGUACAUGAAGAGGCUGCGCCGCCUGAUGCAGGAAGCCCAGUCCCCACAUCACCAGAAGCAAUUGGACCAGCCGCACACAGGUGAUUCCGGUUACAGUCCCGAGUUGUGUCGGGCCCUGAGGACCUUCCAGCUGCCUGAUUGUCAGACUGACGAGCAGGAUCUAUGUCAGCAGUUUGACCAACCAGAUCAAAACAGGAAGUGGAGGGAGGGCGUCAUCAAGUCCAGCUUCAACUACCUGCUGCUCGAUCCAAGAGUGACGAAGAACCUCCCGUUCCGCAGUCACACCAUGACUCCCCAGGAGUGCUUCCAGGCUUUUGUCAACGCCAUAUUUUAUGUGGGGAAGGGGAAACGCUCCCGGCCUUACAGCCACCUGUACGAGGCUCUAGAGUACUUCAGAGGGGACAAGACCUGCAAGAAACUGUGCCCCAAAGUGCAGCACAUCCUCCAGGUGUGGGAGGCCGGGCAGGGCGUGGUCUCUCUGCAUUGUUUCCAGAACGUUAUUCCAGUGGAGGCCUUCACUAGAGAGGCCUGCAUGGUGGAGGCCAUCGGUCUGAAGAUGCUCACCAAUCAGAAGCGAGGGGAUUUUUAUGGCGUGGCGUCCAACUGGCCGGUGAAGCGUAAACGGGAGCUGGGCGUCCACAUGCUCUCCCGGGCCAUGCAGAUCUUCCUGGCUGAGGGCGAGAGGCAGCUCAGACCGGCAGACAUCAGGCAGUAGCGACCCCUACAGGAGAGGGGCAUGAACAGCAGCAAAACACCAACACAGGGAAAUACCACUAGGAAUAAAAAAGGAAAUCGUUGAUGUUUCUCAAACGGGUUUGAACCUCAGGAUCCCUCUGUGCUGCUGUUUGGCAUUAUAUCUAGUUCCUGCUGCAUAUUAGCUCUGAUCACUCCCGUAGCUAAAUACACUGUGUCUUACAUGUGACACUAUCUGGUUCAAACAGUUACAUCCUUUGAAUUUGAAGAUCAUCUUGCUUGAUACUGUAUAAAAAUUACGGAAAAACUUGGGAGCGUUGAGAUGAGCAUAAUGAUAAAAUACAGAAUUAUAACUGCAGCUCUUUCAUCAGUCAGGAAAAGAUAUUUUACAAAAACAUACUUCCCAGCUUCCCAGACACUUUUCAUCUCAUGUGCUGUAAUGAUACUUUUAAAUUGAUCCACAACCCAAUUCAAAUAUCUUCUGUAGCAUAUUUAAAUUAACUGGUGCUGCACUGAUGUGUUUUCCAAAGAAGAUUUAUCGUGUUACUACUGUAGUGUAAAAUUAAUCCGAGGCCAACA